UUCCUAAGGUCAGGCAAGAGCAGCCCUGUAACAGGAAGAAGCUUUCAGAUCUCCCAACAAGCCUUCAGCUGAGUGAUUCACUUGUUGCUGGGGAAACUUAAUGCCAUGAAAGCAUUCGGUUUAGGGAAGUUAUGGUGAAAAAACAGAUUGCUUUUAGUUUUUUCUUGAUGGCUGCUGCUGGUAUAAAAUGUAGAAAAUGUGUUGUCAUUAGGUGCUGUCUAGUUGGCUCCAACUCAUAGCGACCCUAUGUACAACAAAACGAAACAUUGCCGGGUCCUGGGCCAUCCUCACAAUCAGAAAAUGUGUAAGUCAUAUUAAAAGCAAAACAUGGUACCAGCACAAAUGGUUUCUUUUCUGGCACAUUAUAAAGGCAAGGAAUUCAAGUCCUCAGGGGUUAAAUUCCAGUAAUUUCUUGUUUUUAAAUUUAAAGAUAAAGGAUUGUGUGGAAUAGUUGUUAAAAACGGAUUCAGAUUACCUAAGGGGAAAGUGGCAUCCAAUUUCCUAUUUUUGAAAUUUUAAGCUCUUUAAGCUCUGCUGAUAUGAGUAACAAGUGAUUUUGAAGUCUUUAUGUAGUAGCCAGGGAGGUGGAUUUGUACAGACUUAAGGAUGAAAAUAUGUAUAUAUAUAUAUAUAUGAUGGAAUGUCUUUUAAACUUAGGAAACUAGUGAUGAAAAAUGAAACAUUAUCCAAAACGCAUGUUAUAUUCAAAUUCAGAAUCUUCUUUUGUUGCAGUUUUUCCCCUCCUACUUAAUGACAGAGUAAUGCAUCUGUUUACAUGCAGCUUUUGCAAUACAAAGUGUACCUUGGAGUGACAUGACAAGCAAUGUGCCUGGCCCAAAAAGCGGGGGAGGAAGUGUCAAUCUAGAUGUACCAGCUUGAGGCUGAGUUGGGAGUGGUGCUUCUGCUCUUUCCUAUUUGAGGAAAUAUGGGAUGUAUAAAAUCAAAAAGGAAAGACAAUCUGAAUGACGAUGGAGUAGAUCUGAAGACCCAACCAGUACGUAAUACUGACCGAACUAUUUAUGUGAGAGAUCCAACGUCCAAUAAACAGCAAAGGCCAGUUUCAGAAUCUCAGCUUUUGCCAGGACAGAGGUUUCAAGCUAAAGAUCCGGAGGAACAAGGAGACAUUGUGGUAGCCUUGUACCCCUACGAUGGCAUUCACCCAGACGACUUGUCAUUUAAGAAAGGAGAGAAGAUGAAAGUUCUAGAGGAGCAUGGAGAGUGGUGGAAAGCGAAAUCCCUUUCAACAAAGAGAGAAGGCUUCAUACCCAGCAAUUAUGUAGCCAAAGUCAACACCUUAGAGACAGAAGAGUGGUUUUUCAAGGAUAUAACCAGGAAAGAUGCUGAGAGGCAGCUUCUGGCUCCAGGAAAUAGCGCUGGAGCCUUUCUCAUCAGAGAGAGUGAGACAUUGAAAGGAAGCUUCUCUCUGUCUGUCAGGGAUUAUGACCCUCUACAUGGUGAUGUUAUUAAGCACUACAAAAUUAGAAGUCUGGACAAUGGGGGUUAUUACAUCUCUCCACGCAUCACUUUCCCCUGUAUCAGUGACAUGAUUAAGCAUUAUCAAAAGCAGUCGGAUGGCUUGUGCAGAAGAUUGGAGAAGGCAUGCAUUAGUCCCAAACCACAGAAACCGUGGGAUAAAGAUGCCUGGGAGAUUCCACGGGAGUCCAUUAAGUUGAUGAAGAGGCUGGGUGCUGGCCAGUUUGGAGAGGUCUGGAUGGGUUACUAUAAUAACAGCACAAAAGUGGCUGUGAAAACCCUGAAGCCGGGCACCAUGUCAGUGCAGGCCUUCCUGGAGGAAGCGAACCUCAUGAAGACGCUGCAGCAUGACAAGCUGGUGCGACUCUAUGCUGUGGUCACCAAGGAGGAGCCCAUCUACAUCAUCACGGAGUACAUGGCCAAAGGCAGUUUGCUGGAUUUCCUGAAGAGCGAUGAAGGCGGCAAAGUCCUGCUUCCAAAGCUAAUUGACUUUUCUGCUCAGAUUGCGGAGGGAAUGGCAUACAUCGAAAGGAAGAACUACAUCCACCGAGACCUUCGAGCAGCCAAUGUCUUGGUGUCGGAGUCCCUGAUGUGCAAAAUCGCCGACUUUGGCCUCGCACGCAUUAUUGAGGACAACGAGUACACUGCACGGGAAGGUGCUAAGUUCCCUAUUAAGUGGACAGCUCCAGAAGCCAUCAACUUUGGGUGCUUCACCAUUAAGUCUGAUGUGUGGUCCUUUGGAAUUCUCCUGUAUGAAAUUGUCACCUAUGGGAAAAUUCCCUACCCAGGGAGAACCAAUGCUGACGUGAUGACUGCCCUGUCUCAGGGCUACAGGAUGCCCCGAAUGGAGAACUGCCCCGAUGAGCUCUACGACAUCAUGAAGAUGUGCUGGAAGGAGAAGGCAGAAGAGAGGCCCACGUUCGAUUACUUGCAGAGUGUCCUGGAUGACUUCUACACGGCAACAGAAGGGCAGUAUCAGCAGCAGCCUUAGCACACAGGGAGACUUGUGUCCAGGGCAGCCAUCCUGUUUCAAAAGAAGAAAUCACAAACACUGGCUGCACUAGUUAUUCAUGUACUCAGACCAUCAACCGUGCCUCGUUCCUGACAGCAGAGGCUAAGUUACUCAGGAAGAACACCCUCUACAUGGAAAAGGAUUCUCUUCUAGAUUAGGGUCCACUGGUUUACAGCUUGGACUGCUCCUCAGCUGGUCAUCUUGCUGUGCAAGACCAAUCUCUGAAUCCAAUCUUCUGAGAAGAGAACACCUGUUCUACCUAAAAUGCACCCACUCUGGCCCCGUAUAUACAACUGGACCUGUGACCCAAAGGUUCAGAGACCACUGCAACAAAUCUCAAAUAGUAGCAGAAUGAUACUCAUUUAUAACAUUGAAAUAACCCAAUGCUCAUCAUGGCACUUCUUUGUAAUUUCUGUAUGCUUUGGCUUAUUUUGAAAAAAUUUUUUUUUUACUAAUCCAACCUUUUAGAUUUUGCAGGUGAAGUCAGCAGCUUAAAAAUGUCUUUCCCAGAUUUCAGUGUUUUUUCCUUCCCCCUGGAAUUUGAGACUGUUAAUCAUUUUCCUUCCAUGGGGACUGCGCACACAGACCCGCAAGACUGGAAGCUGCAGAGGCACUUUCAUUCCUUCUGUAGAACUGUCAUUUGUGAGACUGCAAAGAGCCGUGGUAGGGGGUGCGGAUCUCAGCGACUUUGCAGGGCUCAGCCAGACCUCCAAGGAGAUGGAGAAGACACCACACCUUGCCUCAGAAACUGCUCUGUCUUAAAAAGGAAUGUUUCUAACAGUCCAGCUUUUCAAUUCCAUGACUCCCUUUUUCCCUAUAUACAGACUUUUUUGACAAUGUAGUAUGGAAAAACAAAAAGAGUCUAGUCUCUGCAGAACCUUAUAGGGGGAACUUCUAAAAGGGAAACAUAAGAAUUCUCUUUAUUGCUUCAAAUGAUUUGAAAUUUAUUUUAAUGAACAAAUAUUAAUUUUAGAUGUAUUCCAGAAAGUAAAAAUGCCGUGUUUUGGGCUAUUUUUGUGAUUCUGCAGUCUUUUUACACUGUAUAAUGUGUGUGAGACUACUUAUAGCCAAGUAUAUGAAGGAGUAUAAGUGACCAAGGCUCCAGUGAGCCACUGUAGCAAGGGAGACAAGAGGUUUUGUUUACUACAUUUUUCUACUGUAACCUUUGAAUGGAAAAUGCUGUAUCACAUUCACUUAUGGUGUCAUGUACAUACCUAAUAUUUUUAUUUUUUGAUUUUAUUUUAAUACAUCUGGCCCAAUAACAUUUCAAAAUUUUUACCUGUGUUUAACAUUUUAAACCAUCCUCAGCGUAAAAAGGAGUACCAGUUGGGGAGAAAAUGAGAGGUGAUUCCAUAUGGUUAGAUGGUUUAAAAAACGUGUACAAGUUCUACCUCUAGCCUUUGUUUUCAGGUAGAGAACUGGAUGGCCUGGACACCUGAACACCCCUUUAUGGAGGCAAAUAGAGUUUGCUUUCAGAUAGGCUGAACAAGCACCAUGAACAUUUCAUUUUGGUAUGUGUUGCCUAGGCCUUGGGUGGCAAGGGGAAAGGAUACAACAUUCCACUUUUCUCUAAAUUUUACCUUUUUUUCCUAUGUGUUUUUUUUUUGUCCUUUCUAAAAUGUUCUAAAAUUCUCAAUUCACAAGUGCCAUGUUCACAAAGAUAGACUAUUAUAAUCAUAUAAUGUCUGCUCUCCUGGUACACUUGAUUCACAAUGGUAUGUUUUCUACAGACACCCCCUCCAUUGGCAUUUUAUCUCGGAAUCACAAAUACUACACAAUAUAUUACCUGGGAAGGAAGUGUAAAGACUCUUUAAGACUCAAAGAAGUCUUUAGAAAAAUUGCUAAAUUCAUUUUCAGUUUGUUUUCUCCUCUCAACUCUGCUUCCUUUUACCAUUUUACUUUUGAUUUCCCGUCUCAGUCAAGUAUGUGAUCCUCAUCCCACAUGUCUCUUCCUUCAGCUCAGGCCUUAAUGCCCACUCUUAGCAUGUGCCAGAGCCCCAUGGUACUAAACACUUAAGGAACAGCAACUACAGUCUCUUCCUGUGGCAGCAGGAUUCUAGUCUCCUAAUGACUGACAAGCAAAGUGAGGGGCUGUGCAGGUGUUCUUAUUCAGAACUUCAAAAAACAGCAGUGCCCAUCUACCCUCCACCCAAGAUUCUGACUGCAUGUUGUGUAGUGUGUGUGUGUGUGUGUGUGUGUGUGUGUUAAAAGCUUCCUACAUGAAUAUAAUGCACACUCAGAGUUGAGAGCCAUCCCAUUGGUUUGACCCAUAUUUCAAAGCUAUCUACUCAAAGAAGCCCAGCAUUCUCUUUCAUCAGAGGGAUCGGUUUCCCGUGGGAGGGUGUAGAAGCAUAGGAAGAAGGAGAAAAUGUUUUAAUACUUGUGCACCUUUUUCCUUUCUGAUGAACAUGAAGCUCACUGAACCUAAAGUAAAAUUCAUAGGCUUGACACUGGUGUCUUUGAUAGAAGGGGCUACUGGUAAUUUUUAACUCCUCUGAGCAUGGGUCCCUGGGUUUUGCCAAAAUCCCAUUGCAGAGAGAACGUCAGCAAGCCACUGGAAACACACACUGCCCAGGCCUUCUUUUUAGGGGAAAUACUGCACACAGAAGCUGUGAGCCUUGUCUCAGCAUGUAUAAACAGUCAGUAGAAGGAAGGAUUAUAUUUAUCUACUUAGACAAUGGAAUAGACCCAGAACACUGAAACAUAAUUGUAAGUAUAAACACAUUUCCAAUUCUGCCUGUGGUGCCUCCUUUCCCUUUAUCUUGCUCUCACAAACUACAUUCAGUAGUGGUAGCUGCUAAAAGGUACUCAACACUGAAACACCAACAUUUUCAUUCAACUGAGUAAAAGAAAUCCUCAUCCUAUGGCUCAGUAACCCAACCCUUGAGAUUUUAAUUGCCACAUGCCACAGCCAGUUCGGCUUCAUGCUUUCUCAGCCAAAAGCAUCUCUCAGAUAAGCUCACACCAACCUCCUUUCACUUUAGUGUCUUCCUUUAUUUUCUACUUACGCCUAGAGGAAGGGAGAUUCCAGUUCGCUGCCUCCUACAUUUUGGCCACAUGAAGUCAAGAAUCUAAAAAGAUUGCAUGAAGACAAGACUUGCUGUGCUACCUGAUAGACAUGUGACUAUAAUACAAAGGUACCUAUACACCUACCAUUUACGCAGUGCCCUCGUUUGUGCUUGGCGCUUUAUAAAAAUUAACUCACACAAUAAUCCUUUAAGAUAUGGACAGCACUGUCAUUGUUUCACAGCUGAUAAGACAGGUUCUUUUAAAGCCACAGAGGGAAUAUACUGACUCUGCUUCAUGUUGUUUCCUUAUGAAAUAAAACAAAUGAAAUGCCUUUGUAGUGGAAUCUCCCUGACUCAGUGGGAUGUUCUAAAUGGGCAGGGGAAUUACUUACAGAAUGCUCCACAAGAGUCCACCCAGAGGUGAGGGAAAAUGUUCCCUUAGUUUUUUAGUUGUGGAGGAAAAGUUGUGCAAAAAUUCAUCUCACCAUUCACACUUUUAAAGAUAAUUUAUAGAGGCUACACUUUUGAAUAAAGUGUUUUGAUAACGUUGCUCCAUUUUAUAACAUGAAGGUGUAUUAAAACAUAACAUUUGAUGUCAGAAAGUUCUAAUCAGGUAUAUAUGUAGGAGAAGUUCUAUUUCCUGAGUUCUUAUGAAUCUUAGUACUUAGGAGUGCCAGAAAUACUUCCAAGAUGGCCACAGUAUGAUCUUGAGUAUGUCCCUUAAACCUAGAAAUGAUAGGACAAUCUUAGUGGCCUCCAUUUCUAGAUCAUUGGAAAGAUAUUACAAAUAAUCUGGAUUGGCCAAAGUGCAAUGUUAACACAGAACUUCUAGAAUCAAAAGUGGCCUUAUCUAUGACAUCAAAAAUAUCUGUGAUUUUUUUUUUCAUUAAGUUGGACUUGGACAAUAGGUCUUUAAUCCCUUCUCUGCUAUCCUUGGGAUCAGAUGUAUUUUUUAUUUCUUUUUUUGGAUUCAUAAUUUUAAUACAAUGAAUAUAUAGAAUGUUUAAUGGUAAAACCUCAGUGACAACUGGGGAAGGAAACUAAUCAAAUCAAAUAUUUUUGCAGAGAAAUGCCUGAAAAUUCACACUAACUGGAAUGAUUAUAGCCUAUAAAUAUCAUCAGGUCAAAUUUUGCACCAAAUAAGUUUAAAAAAAAAACAAAAAACUUUCAGAU